UGCGCGGUGCGCGGCGGACGCAGCGCGUCUUUCUCGAGUCGCCGCGCCGCUGUCGCGGGGUCCCCCGAACCGCGGGGCGGACGCCGCAGACCGUCGGCUCCUGCAGGGCGCCCGGGCUCCCUCCGCUCGGCCAUGGCCCCCCUGCCGCCGUGCGGACCCCCGAGGUCGCCGCCGCCGCGGCUGCUGCUGCUGCUGCUGCUGCUGGUGCUGAGCGCCACGCUGCUGGGCGCCCAGGCCCGCGCCGAGCCCGCCGCCGGGAACGCCGUCCCCGCGCAGAGCCGCCCGUGCGUGGACUGCCACGCUUUCGAGUUCAUGCAGCGCGCCCUGCAGGACCUGCGCAAGACGGCCUACAGCCUGGACGCUCGGACGGAGAGCCUCCUGCUGCAGGCCGAACGCCGGGCCCUGUGUGCCUGCUGGCUGGCUGGGCGCUGAGGACCCACACCAGCACAUGCCCUCACCAAUAAAAGCUUGGUCCCCA